UGGCACCGCCGGAGAUUAACAACGUGCUCUGUGUGUGUUUCCUGUGACGAGAGACAGGACGCCAUGUGUCCUUCCCGAGCAGGACAGCAGGGUCCUCAUUGCAUAGCUUACCCGGUGCUCAUCCCAGAGGAGAAAAUCUGGAUUCAGGUAGAUUUCCACGAGGUCACGCAGGUAGGAGCAGAGGAGCCAGGAGGAGGGCCGGGGUGUGGCCCCAUCGGUGGCCUCUUCACCAGAACACUCCUGCAGCCCGUGGGGAUGAAAGGCCACCCAGGUAUCAUUUGCGUAAAAGGCAAUGCACAAAUCUCAUCCAGUCCAACGGGUCUGAACAAUGGUUUCUGGGAUUCAUUCACGCACGGCGUUACGUGUCAGGAGUUAGUCCUACUGGAAACAACUGCGGUUUUCCAUGAAGUAUGCAGGUGGCGCGGUUUGUCCGCUGAUCUGCUGACGGACAUCGGGCUAUUUCAGCUUUGGGACGAUGCACCAAGAGAGGGUUAAAAAAAAGCACCUGGCAAUCAGAGAGACUGUUGGAGGUGACACACCAGUGGCGGGUGGGCCACAAUCACCCCCUUACUGAUUAAUAGUCCUGAAGCUAAACUUCUGGACUUCCCAUCUUUCUAGAGCAAUUGGAAGGUCUGACCCCACCAGGCCUGUGUUUCCCCAGUUGGAGCCACCUUGACCCUGUGGUCCCCCAGAUAUGACCCCAAGAAGUCAGGGCUGGACCUCAGUAAAAUGGAGAUACUGAUAGGAUCUGUCCUAGAGGCAUGUUGGAAAGACCAAGCGAGCAGAGACACAGAAGCUUUUCGACCAGAGCGCCAUGCGUCCUGACCUGCUCUGCGCCAGGGGCUGCCCCCGCCCAGGGCCCAGGCAGGCCAAGGGCAGGGGAGAGGUGGGCCGGAGGUCAGGACUGUGGUAGGGGGCCGGGUUGGCCACGACCCUGCCCCAGGCAGCGGCUGCCCUGUGGCCAUGUGGGCCUGGUUUGGCCUGGCCCUCAGAAGUUUCUAGUAAAGUGGGAAAUCCAGAGUGUUGUUCAAAAUCUCUCAUUUUGCAAAUGCUAGUAACUCUUUUUUUUAAUUUUGAAUGCUCUGAGUAUCCAGUAAAAGCCUUCCACUGUCCCCCACUGCCUGUCCUCGUGUUGUGGGCCGGACUUCGGUCACUCCUGACAACUCCUCUGGGCUGCAGGCGCCUGUCUUUGUCCUGCCUUGGUCUGGAGAGCGUACAGGAAAGGAGCCGAACAAAGGUGGUCACUGUUAUGCGGCUGCAGCGGUGGGGCUGCUGCAAGUGCCCUCCUGGGACUUCUCCUCUGUCCCCUGCCUCCCCUGCCAGCAUCUCCCCUCCCCCUUCCUCCGGCUCGUCCCAAGCCUGCCUGUCCCCAGUGUGGAGGCGGGCCAGUGGCAGAGCGGGUGAGGGGAGCAGGACGGUGCCCCGGGCUGCAGCGGCUCCCCUCCCCUUCCCGGCCAUGGGCCCCCCACCAGGUGAGGACCCAAAGGAGGUGAGGCCCUGUGGGCAGAGCUCACGUCAGGCCAUCUUCCCCAUGGGGGCCUGCAUGGAGUUCAAGUUCAAGUUCAAGUUCAAGGGGCUGGGGCUGGCCCCAGGACCUCUCCCCUGCCCCUGGGAGAUCAUUCACGGCUCCUCUGACCCCUGCUGCAGCCAAGGCUGGAAUUUGGAGUUUGACCUGUGAGGAGCCUCUCUCAACAGCAGGCGGUGCCGGAGGGAGGGCCACCGCUGUCCUCUCAAGGCUGCAAGGGCAGAGGAGCCCAGUUCCUCCCUUCUCACGGACACCUCUGUCUCCUCUGCCUCGGACACCACCGACAGGACCCAGGCCAGGUGGACUCUGUCCCCAGAGGAAGGGUUGAGAGAGUUCGUUCAGGACCAUGGAGAGCAGCUCCAGCAGCCCUCAGCCCACACAGUCAGAUCCCCUGGAAGCCUUUCCCCAGAGGACACUGGAGGCAGGUGACAUCGCAGUGCUGGUUCUGUACUUCCUCUUUGUCCUUGCCGUUGGACUAUGGUCCACAGUGAAGACCAAAAGAGACACAGUAAAAGGCUACUUUCUCGCUGGAGGGGACAUGUUGUGGUGGCCAGUGGGGGCAUCCUUGUUUGCCAGCAACGUUGGGAGUGGACACUUCGUUGGCUUGGCAGGGUCAGGUGCCGCCGCGGGCCUCUCUGUAGCUGCUUAUGAAUUUAAUGGCUUGUUUUCCGUGCUGAUGCUGGCCUGGAUCUUCCUCCCGAUCUACAUCGCUGGUCAGGUCACCACGAUGCCAGAAUACCUGAGGAAGCGCUUUGGCGGCAGCAGGAUCCCUGUCACCCUAGCUGUGCUCUACCUGUUUAUCUACAUCUUCACCAAGAUCUCGGUGGACAUGUAUGCAGGCGCCAUCUUUAUUCAGCAGUCUUUGCACCUGAAUCUGUACCUGGCCAUAGUUGGGCUGCUGGCCAUCACGGCUCUAUACACCGUUGCAGGUGGCCUGGCGGCUGUGAUCUACACGGAUGCUCUGCAGACUCUGAUCAUGCUUAUAGGAGCGCUCAUCCUGAUGGGCUACAGCUUUGCUGCAGUCGGUGGGAUGGAAGGCCUGAAGGAGAAAUACUUUCUGGCCCUGGCUAGCAACCGGACAGGGAACAACAGCUGCGGACUGCCCCGGGAAGAUGCCUUCCAUAUUUUCCGAGACCCACUGACGUCUGAUCUCCCGUGGCCCGGAAUCCUGUUUGGAAUGUCCAUCCCGUCCCUGUGGUACUGGUGCACGGAUCAGGUGAUUGUUCAGCGGACUCUGGCCGCCAAGAACCUCUCUCAUGCCAAAGGAGGCUCUCUGAUGGCUGCAUACCUGAAGGUGCUGCCUCUUUUCAUUAUGGUGUUCCCUGGUAUGGUCAGCCGCAUCCUCUUUCCAGACCAAGUGGCUUGUGCAGAUCCAGAAAUCUGCCAGAAGGUCUGUAGCAACCCCGCCGGCUGCUCUGACAUCGCAUAUCCCAAACUUGUGCUGGAACUCCUGCCUGUGGGGCUCCGUGGGCUCAUGAUGGCUGUGAUGGUGGCGGCGCUCAUGUCCUCCCUCACCUCCAUCUUUAACAGUGCCAGCACCAUCUUCACCAUGGACCUCUGGAACCACCUCCGGCCUCGGGCAUCUGAGAAGGAGCUCAUGAUUGUGGGCAGGGUGUUUGUGUUGCUUCUGGUGUUGGUCUCCAUCCUCUGGAUCCCUGUGGUCCAGGCCAGCCAGGGUGGCCAACUCUUCAUUUACAUCCAGUCCAUCAGCUCCUACCUGCAGCCGCCCGUGGCCGUGAUCUUCAUCAUGGGAUGUUUCUGGAAGCGGACCAAUGAAAAGGGCGCCUUCUCAGGUCUCAUCGUGGGCCUUCUCCUAGGCUUGGUUCGCCUGGUCCUGGACUUCAUUUACGUGCAGCCUCGGUGUGACCAGCCAGAUGAUCGCCCAGCUGUGGUGAAGGGUGUCCACUACCUCUACUUCUCCAUGAUUCUGUCCGGGGUCACGCUGAUCACCGUGUCCACCGUGAGCUGGUUCACAGAGCCGCCCUCCAAGGAGAUGGUCAGUCGCCUGACCUGGUUUACUCGCCAUGACCCCGUGGUCCAGAAGGAACAGGUGUCACCAGCAACUCCGCUGCCUCCCACCCUCUCCCAGAAUGGGACGUCAGAGGCCGGCAGCACCAAUAUCCAGUUUGAGAUGGUUCAAGAAAGCACGUCUAAACCCCACAGCAGUGACAUGACCCAAAAGCGGUCCAAAGUGGUGAAAGCCAUCCUGUGGCUCUGUGGAGUGGACAGCAAGGGCAAGGAGGGGCCCCCGAGCAGGGCGGACCCUGUCAUAGUGUCCUUGGAAGAAACUCCGUUGGUGAAAACCCUUCUGGACGUCAACCUCAUCGUCUGCGUCAGCUGUGCCGUCUUCCUCUGGGGCUACUUUGCUUAACGUGGGGUGGACCCGGGGGUCCAAGCUCUCAGUUUGUUUUCAGUGCCCUGAUUUUUUUAAUGAUGGGAAAAAAAUAAUAAAGCUUUGUUUGUUUACCA